AUGAGGCUACCUCUGGCCCCUUCUCCUCCGAUUCCGUACUCGCAUGCGGCGCCGCGGUGGAAGAGGUCGACCUCCCGGCCGCAGCCCCGCGCCUGGAGCAAACCCCGGCCUCAGUCGUACCAGAGCGCCAACGGGGUGCUUUUCACCGACUUUCCCGUGGAGGACAGGUGCACCUUCACCGUGACUCAGCCUGCCGGCACCGUCAGCACCUGCGCGGGCAGCGGAGUGCUCCGGAGGGGCCCCUCGUUUUUCAAUUCCAGCAUGGGAUCGGUGUCCAACGGGAAGGUGCGGCCUCCAGCCUGUAAAGCGGUCUCCCCCGAGCUGUCUCCUGAGCGGUCCUCCCGGGUGCUCGCUCUGGUUUCGAACAGUUCUGCCGGUUUUACUGCCAACGGCACCAUUACCUCACCAGGAAGCCAGCUGGGUCAUCCCCUGAGGAUUUCCAGUCAGUCAGCACUUACACCGCAGCAAGAGCAGAUAGCUUUUACAGCCAGCCCUCAGCCCUCACCUACUGGAAACACACCUUCCGCCAAUAACAACAACGCGGCAGUGCUGCCCUUGCCAUGCAACCGGGUUUCCAAAAUACCGGAAAAAGUGCCGCUGAGGCCCCCCGUGGUUUCCCAGGCGAUGUCCCCAGAGCAAGGCGCAACUCCUCAGAGGCCAGCGUCCCCUCAGGACCAGCCCGUGGAGCAGCAGCCCGUGGUCCUGAGCACCAACAGCCCCGCCGCUCUCAAAGUGGGCACGCAGCAGAUCAUUCCCAAGAAUUUGGCUUCCGAAAUAAAGGUGACGAACAAAGCUAGCAGCCAGAAUGUGGAGACGAGCAAGAGGGUGCUGAAGGUUCGCAGCAUGGUGGAGAGUCUCAGCGUGCCUUUGGUAGCCGAUGAGGAAGAAGAGGCCGAGGGCGACCUGGACAGCCCAGGGACCCUGAGGCGCGGCCUGAGGUCGACAUCCUACCGUAGAGCGGUGGUGAGCGGCGUGGACUUCGACAGCUCUUCUAAUUUUAAGAAAAAAAACAGAAUGUCCCAGCCUAUACUUAAAGCAGUUGUUGAAGAUAAAGAGAAAUUUUCAAGCCUGGGGAGGAUAAAGAAGAAAAUGCUGAAAGGACAAGGGACAUUUGAUGGGGAAGAAAAUGCUGUAUUAUAUCAGAACUAUAAAGAAAAAGCUCUGGACAUAGAUUCCGAUGAAGAGUCUGAGCCCCGAGAGCAGAAAUCAGAUGAAAAGAUUGUUUUUCACUAUAAGCCCCUGAGAUCAACAUGGAGUCAGCUGUCCGUUGUAAAGAAGAAUGGAUUAUCAGAAGGGAUCAGCCAGGAAGAAAGAAAAAGACAGGAGGCAAUAUUUGAAGUGAUAUCUUCUGAGCAUUCUUAUUUGCUGAGCUUGGAGAUUCUGAUCCGGAUGUUUAAAAAUUCCAGGGAACUGAGUCUCACAAUGACCAAAACGGAGAGCCAUCACCUUUUCUCCAAUAUCACAGAUGUUUACGAAGCAAGCAAAAAGUUCUUUAAAGAACUUGAAGCAAGACAUCAGAACAACAUCUUUAUUGAUGAUAUUAGUGAUAUAGUUGAAAAGCAUACUUCUUCAACAUUUGAUCCAUAUGUAAAGUACUGCACCAAUGAAGUCUAUCAGCAGCGAACACUGCAGAAAUUACUAGCCACAAAUCCAGCAUUUAAAGAGGUGUUAUCACGGAUCGAGUCCCAUGAAGAUUGCCGGAAUUUACCAAUGAUCUCCUUCCUCAUUCUUCCCAUGCAGAGAGUUACUCGUCUUCCCUUACUGAUGGAUACUAUUUGUCAGAAAACUCCUAAGAAUUCACCAAAAUAUGAGAACUGCAAGCAAGCUCUGAAAGAAGUGAGCAAGUUGGUGCGUUUAUGCAACGAAGGUGCUCGGAAAAUGGAAAGGACAGAAAUGAUGUACACAAUUAACUCCCAACUGGAAUUUAAAAUCAAGCCAUUUCCACUGGUUUCUUCUUCACGAUGGUUAGUGAAAAGGGGUGAAUUAACAGCGUAUGUAGAAGACACUGGACUUUUUUCUAAAAGAACUUCUAAACAGCAGGUGUACUUCUUCCUCUUUAAUGAUGUCCUCAUUAUCACCAAGAAGAAGAGUGAAGAGAGUUACAAUGUCACAGAUUAUUCUUUAAGGGACCAGCUGGUGGUACAACAAUGUGACAAUGAGGACCUGACUUCUUCUCCUGUAAAGAAUGCUUCAACUAUGCUGUACUCACGGCAGAGUUCUGCAGCUCACCUCUUCAGACUAGCAGUCCUCAGUAACCACGCAGGAGAGAAGGUGGAGAUGCUCUUGGGAACAGAGACUCAGAGUGACAGAGCUCGCUGGAUUACAGCGCUUGGACAGGACAGAGACAGGCAGAAAACAGACAGGACAACUUUGACUCAGGUAGAGAUCAUCAGAACCUACACAGCAAAGCAGUCAGAUGAACUGUCUCUUCAAGUUGCUGAUGUUGUUUUGGUUUAUCAAAAAGUAAAUGAUGGUUGGUAUGAAGGGGAGCGAUUGCGGGAUGGCGAAAGAGGUUGGUUUCCCAUGGAGUGUGCUAAAGAAAUCACAUGUCGUGCCACGAUUGACAAAAACAUGGAACGGAUGGGACGCUUACUUGGACUCGAAACCAAUGUGUAGACUGUUUUUGCUUCUUCAUGCUAUGCUACAGGAUUUGCACUAACUGCAGUCGGUGGGGGCAUGGUUGCAUGUCCUACAGCUCUCACAUGGAAGAUGUGGGUCACCAAUGCGAAAAAUCUAGUAACAGAGCACUGAUGUUUUGGAUACUCAUCCCUUUUUGUUUUGCAUUUUGAGCGCUCUGAAAUGAAACCUGGGCUUGACCAGUAGCAGAUUUCAACCAGAAGUAGUUUCUUAGCCACUGGACAUCAGCCAUGCAUCUCUUUGACUCAAAUUUCAGUUUCAACUUAAGUUCCUCCAUCCCUGCCUCUUCACGUAUUCUUUCUCCAUCCGUUUUUGAGCAUUUUUUACUUCUUUCAGAAGCGGAACUCUGUGUAGCAGUCUGUGUAGGAGACUGAACACCAGAAACCCACCCAAUCCAUUGAGCUGGAGGUGAAUAGCAAUAUUGGGGGUUUCCCAUUCCUAAGAAACUGCAGUGUUACAUUCUCAGUACCAGAGAGUAUGUUAAUGGAGUACUUCCCGGUUGCGUCAAAAUCUGUGUGUAACCUGAACUACACUAACCAGCCCUAUAAUUCAUAAAGGACUACCUCUCCAGCACGAAUCCAGGGACGUCCCAGGCUUUGUAAGAAGUAAUUAGGUCACUCUAAGGAAUGUUGGCAAAGCUGACACAAGCUCCAGGGAAGAAUCUGAAGUGGUGGUGGUCUCUAACAGAGUGUGUUAUUCAGGCAGCUCGGACUUUUUCUCCUUCUAGUGCUGCAGUGUUGAAAGGAUUUCUGAAAGCAAGAAAGAGGUACCAUAUUCUGCAAAAUACAUGAUUAUCUCGUUCUCAGAUCCAUUUUAGCACAGGUAUUUUAGAGGAGUAUAACUGCUGGAAAUGGGUCUGUUUUGUUUAAGUUUUUCCCAUGUGCUUAACUAGGUCGUCAUAUUAAGUUAUUGCUUCAGAGCAAGGGUUUUGAUGGGGACUGCAGAAAACAUGAAAUACUUUGUUCUAGGUUUGGGGUGUUUGGUUUGGGUUUUUUGUCUUUUGGUCUUUCUGUUCUUCUGUACUAGAGGAGGUUAUUUCCUGAACUGAACUUCAGUUUACCUACAUCUUUAGCAUUUGGUAGCAUCAUGUCGAAUCCACAGGCAAAAAAAGAGGGAGAAGAAAGAUCUGUAGAGGUCUUCUCAUCUCCCGUGUAUAUAAAUGGUAAGACCACUGAGGACAGGCUU